CAGAGGAGGAGCAGAAGUCGCAGUGGGAUGUCGUUGUAGCGCGUGGGUCGCCCUCCAACAUUCACCCGCUACAAGCACCCGGCGUGUUUAGAGAGAAAGAGAGGCAGAAAGGCGACAAAGAGAAGAAAGAGGACCAGGAGGGUAACCGUGCUCGGCCAGCUCUCUUGCCGUCGCUCCGCGUUGGCGCGAAGUGCCACGAUUAAAUGAGACGGGGCAGUACCUCGGCAAGUACUACGUUUCGUGCGCGAACAUGUCUUCUACGGAGACCUCCCUGAACGACGUGCCGAACGUCGCGUCGAGGCUGCAGAGCCUGCGUCUGACGGCGCAAAGCUAUCGAGAGCCUGCGGCUGGUAGCGAGGACGGCGACGUGACGGAUAACGCGGCGGCGACGGUGGCUGUGGCAGCGGUGACAACGACUGCGGCGGCAGCGGCAGGCUCGGCCGGCCGCGACGGAACCGCCGACGGAGGCGGACCUUCAUCGCGGGAACCGCUACGAAACAUGCAGACCAUCGGUAACGUCACCCUUUCCCGAGCACGGCGCGCCCUCAACUUCAUCUGCGAUGAGGACCAGCCGACCAGCUCGUCCGCCGCGCGAAGUGAGGCCUCGUUCUCGAACGGCGGCGAUAACCGGCCACCGACUAACGCGGCGAAUACGUCGUAUUUGGAAGGACGAUCGCAGAAUAACGUCGCCUUGGAAAAUUCUUCCACGCAUAAUCAACCUGCAGUCACGUACAAUUGGCAGGGCACAAAGGCGACGAUGCGCGAGAGAAUCGUGUUCCUGUUCAAUAACGAGAUACUGUCGGACGUCAGUUUCCUGGUGGGAAGAGGGGCGCAACGACAACGUAUACCAGCACACAAACUAGUCCUGUCCUCCGGAAGCGCCGUGUUCGACGCGAUGUUCAACGGGAUGUUCGCGACAGCUUCUUCGGAAAUAGAAGUACCUGAUGUAGAACCCGCUGCCUUUUUGGCGGUGCUCCUUUUUCUAUAUACUGACGAGAUACAGAUAGAUCCUGAGACUGUGAUGACAACGCUGUACACCGCGAAGAAAUAUGCGGUGUCCGCUUUGGAGAAGCAUUGCGUUGAUUUUUUGAAGAAUAAUUUAACCAGCGACAACGCCUUCCUGCUUUUGACGCAAGCACGGCUGUUCGAUGAGCCGCAAUUAGCCUCGGUGUGUUUGGACACCAUAGACCGAUUCACGACCGAGGCUCUCAAUGCGGAUGGCUUUACGGACAUUGAUAUCGACACGCUGAUGGUAGUCUUGGAAAGAGACACUCUACGCGUUAGGGAAUCUAAGCUGUUUCAAGCUGUCUUAAGGUGGUCGGAGGCCGAAUGCGUGAGACAACAGUUACCAGUCACCCCAGAAAAUCAACGCCAGGUUUUAGGCAACGCUCUGUCCUUGGUUCGUUUCCCGCUUAUGUCAAAGGAAGAAUUCACGGCUGGUCCAGCGCAAUCUGGCUUGUUGAAUUAUUCAGAGGUUCUAUCUUUAUUUUCAUACUUCAUACUGAAUCCUAAGCCUCUAGUGGGAUUUCAAACGAUGCCGCGAUCUUGCAUGACGGGCAAGGAACAGACCGUGUGCAGGUUUCAACAUACCGAGAGCAAAUGGGGAUAUAGCGGAACUAGCGAUCGUAUCCGAUUCAGCGUGGACAGACGUAUCUUUCUGAUCGGCUACGGAGUUUACGGUAGCAUGCAGAAGCCGGCGACAUACGAGGCGUCCGUGGAACUGAUUCACACGGCGUCGGGGAAAGUGAUAGCUACAAAUGCAACAAGUCUCAGCUGUGAUGGUUCAAAGUACACGUACCGUCUAAUGUUCAAAGAAUUAGCGGAGAUCUUACCAAAUACGAUUUAUACCGCGUCGACUACUUUCAAGGGGCCAUUUUCGUAUUAUGGCACAAAGGGAUUACGCACGGUAAUAGUGGAUUGUGAUUCGGGUAAUGGGAAGGUGAAAUUCGAAUUUAGUAAUGAGACGGGAGAUAAUAACGGCACAUCCAUCGACGAAGGUCAAAUUCCCGAGCUUAUCUUUUACACGUAAUGUAUAAUAACAACAUUCCUCACGUACUUGCUUGGCUGGUUAUUGCAAAGAUUAAUUAAAUUAUAUUAGACUAUAAAAGAAAAAUAUAUAUGCCAGUUUUUGUCAAUUAUGUCUUGUGGUCGUUUGGAAAGCAGCGCUUUGAUUUAAGUAAUCUGUGGACAUGCCAAAGGAGUUAACCCAAGAUUUUUCGUCAUAAUUUUAUAUAGAUAGUGCCUCUUCGGUUUUAUUAAACAGAGUUUAAUCGAUCGAAAAAAAAUCUGAGACACUUAAAAGCGCAUAAAUCGUACAUAAGUGUUUGCUGAUAUAUAUAUAUAUAUAUAUAUCAGUGAUGCUAAUAUAAUACGCAUUGUGAUUUCUCGUUAAAUAUUACACAGAACAAUUGCUUGUCUUUCAUGAAAUUUAAUAUUAAAAUUAUUUGAUUGACGCAACUGUAGUGGAAAUAUGUUGAUUAUUAAUUAAUUAUACAAGUAAGAUCAACGUUUAUAGAAUUGGAGAUGUACAAUCUAUUUUUCUAUCGUUUUAAUUGAGAUCUGCGUAAACCAAAAAUAUAGUUGUAUGACAACGUUAAAGGAUCAUGACAAAGUACAAGCAAGAUCAAUCAUGUGCACACUCCCAUUUCGCCUAAACAUCUUGUUCCAAAUAUGUAUACCGUGGAAAUAAUUUAAACUUGUAAAAAGCUAAGAAACGUACAGCACUCUUCAAUGCAAAGCUAAUUAUGCAAUAAAGCCUAAAAACAUGUGGAAUAUUUUUUAGUGGAAGUUAGUAUUUUUGGUAGUUACACAAUGUGCAGAUUUAGAAACUGAAAGCUCUACGAUUCCUGUUGCUAAACUAAGUAUGAAAAAAUAGUUAAACGAAAGUAAUGUAACACCAUUUUAAUGAUCAUUCUCUAGUAAAAUAAUAUCUUUAUCUAUUUAUUCACACGCAAGUUUAAUAUAUAUAUAUAUA